AUGCGAAUACGACGUUCUUGUCAAAGCGGUAGGAUGGUAGUUUCAGGUUUCUAUGUUCAGUCUGAUGAUGUGUGUUCUUUGUUUCUUCAUGAAAGCUGUGGGUACUGUGGCUAUGCAUUGAACUUGAGCUCCUCGACACGGAACACGGCCAACAUUGGAUCAAAGUAUGGAAAGCAGAUCAGGAAAGGCGUCGUCUCAUUCUUCGCAGUCGACGAGAACCGGUUCACGCAAACCGACGAAGUGAGCUGCACGCCGUACUUCCGCUCAAGGUCUUCCUGGGGUUUCUUCAGAAGGAGGACACGAUUGCUCUGCCGCAAGUGCAAUGGCCAUAUCGGUAAUGCUUAUGACGACGAGGACUCUGCCUUGUAUCAUAGCUCAGAUGACACACUCGCAAGCUCAGAGGUCAGCUGCACGUCUAGUCGAAAGAAAUAUGUUAUCAAGAUCAAUGCGCUACAGCCAUCAUCGGACGACUCCGGUGUUCCAUUCUCUCAAUGA